CAGUUGAAGCAACCGGUAGUAUUUUUACGUUGUAACAACCGAGAACAGUAUGAGAGUUUCGAAUAUAAUAGCGUUUUUCUUUUUGAUAGUAGUGGGCUGUGUAAGCGUAAAUUCGUUACAAGCGUCUUUUCGAAAUGUCAUAUCGUCAGCGAAAGAUAUAGGCGUGGGUGUAGUUAAAGAUGUCGCAAAUAUAUUGCCCACCCCCAAAGGCAUGUUCGAAGCAAGCAAGCAGUUAAUAGCUGGAUAUCCUUUUGAAUUUGUGAGCGGCGCUAUCAAUCAAAUUUGUUCUGCGGCACUUUCUUCAGAAACAAUCUCACCAAAAAUUACUCCAAACAUAAGCGUUAUGCAGUUUCAGUUAUGUACCGCUUGCAAUAAGUAUAAUUACUCCCUUUUAAAUGCAGAAGAUAUGUGGAAGAGUCCAGAGUUUGAUUCUAAGAAAAAGGUUGUCAUUUUUGCGACCGGUUGGACUACUACAAUUAAUGACAACAAAGCUAUUGAAACAAUGGCUAAAGCCUACAACUGUCGAGGCGAUGUGAAUUUUGUGGCUCUCGAUGCUGGCAGAUUUGUGGAUACACUUUAUACAUGGUCAGCUUUUAAUACUGAUGAGAUCGGUUUAAACUUGGCCAAAGGUUUGGUGAAGCUCUCUAAAAUUGUAUCAGUGGAAAAAAUACAUCUGAUGGGUCAUAGCUUAGGUGCACAUAUUGUAGGAGCAGCUGGUCGUUACUUUCAGCAACUUAGUGGAUCACUAAUACCAAGGAUUACUGGUUUAGAUCCAGCGAAACCUUGCUUUAAUGAAGGUGCAACUCUCUCUGGUCUAUUGCGAGGCGAUGCAGAUUUUAUAGAUAUCAUACAUAGCAAUCCUGGCGUGCUUGGUAAACGUGAUCCAAUGGGCGAUAUUGACUUUUAUCCUGGUGGCUUAGAUCCUCUACCAACUGGUUGUGUAUCUGUAGUAUGUGCGCACGAACGUGCAUGGAGAUAUUUUGCCGAAAGUGUUUAUCCUGGCAGUGAAGCCAACUUUUUCGGUAAAAGGUGUACAUCACUGACACGUUUACGUGAAGGCAAAUGUCCAGGCUAUGACGUUCCAAUGGGAUUUGCAGUUCCACGCAAUGCUAAAGGAAAUUACUUUUUAGAAGUUAAUGGUGCAGAACCGUUUGGAAAAAAUGGAGCUAAAGCUCUUAUGAAUUUGCAAAAAGAGUGUGGCUUAUGUAAAACAGAAACAAAAAGGUUUGCAAAAGGGUUAUUUGGAUAAUAUUUCCUUAAGUGAAUUAUAAUUCUAAUAUAACUUUCAAGAUAUAUAUUGUAAUCAGAAUCAGAUUUGCAACAUUUGAAUUAGUAAAUAUGUUUUUUAUUAUUAUUAUUGUGAUACAUAUA